CUUGUCAAAUAAACCGGCGACGUUUCACAUGUGUUUUGUUUAUAAUUAAAUAUUAUUUUGUCAUUAAAAAAUACGAAAAACAGACGAAAAAAAAUAUUUGUGUCGAAAUAGACAUUUUACGCCAUAAGCGUAAAAAACCCGUGUAUAUAAUAAGAUCAAUUUUUUGGAACAAAAACAAUUUAAUUGGCGAAAUUUCAAUGUUUGAUUUUUUUUAUAAUAAAAAAUUCAUAUGAGAUAAAUUCCACAAACAUAGAUAACAGAAGAUUGAUUCGAAGUGAAUUGGUGUAAGAGAUGGAUUCCAGCCAAAAGCCAGAUCGGCCAAAUCCACGAAAAGGGGCGAAUCCUUUAUCGCAGCUAUUUUUUCUGUGGAUAGUGCCGGUAUUUUGGAGGGGAAUGAGAAAUGGAUUGAACACAGACGAUCUCACACAGUGUCUGAAAAAAGAUGAUUCAGAAACACUUGGUGACGAACUGGAAAGAGAGUGGGAUAAAGAGGUUGAACGUGCUCAAAAACGUAAACGUAAUCCACGCUUGCGGAAUGCAAUGUUUCGAAUGUUUGCACCGCACUUCGUUCUAGACGGCAUUAAGUGCUUUUUAUUCAUAUUGAUAAAAUCAUUACUUCCGUUGGUGCUAGCUCAAUUACUUAUUCAAUUUCAAAAGCCAAUUGUUACAGACAAUUCAGUUCAAAAUGGUACAAUCAGUUCAAUCAAUGAUACGUUGACAGUACAGCUCAAUAGUUCAACUACAACUCCAAUCAUCCAAAGAAAUAUUCGCAAUGUUCUUUAUGACGAAGAUGCAAUAAAUGAUUUUGAUGCGUUUCAUAAAAUUGUAAAACGCUUUGUUGCCCCAGAACAUUCAUCAAAUGAAAUAGCAACAAACACAAUUGGCAACAACGAACAAACAAAUCACAUUGACGAUGUGAAAAAUGAAUCGAUAAAAAAUACAUUUCCCGUUGCCACUUCACGCAGUGAUAAACACGACGAAUUAAGACUUAAUUUUACACGAGCCGAUUUUUACAAGUUUUUCAAUGAAAUUUGGAACGAUAUUUAUUGGCUAGCAAAUCUUGUAAUUUGGAUGGGUUUUGUCGGUUUAUUAUUGUCACAUCAUAUGGACCUGCGAUUACUUAUGUUAGGAGCUCGAAUGCGUAUCGCCUGCUGCUCUCUAAUUUAUCGAAAGAGUUUACGUUUGUCGGCAUUAAGUGCAAGCCGUACGGGUGCUGGUUAUCUGGUGAAUUUAAUGUCAAAUGAUGUGGCGCGAUUGGAUCGAGGAUUCACCUACUGUCAUUACAUUUGGAUACUGCCACUACAGUCAAUGUUAAUCGGUUAUUUAAUAUGGCAACGUGCGCAAUGGGCAGCUGUUGUUGGUGUCUGUGGAUUACUAUUGAAAACGGUGCCUGUUCAAACACGUUUGACACACUACACCUCGAAUUUGCGAAUGAAAGUGGCACGCCGAACCGACAACCGAGUUGGAAUAAUGAACGAAAUUAUAAAUGGUAUUCAAGUGAUUAAGAUGUAUGCUUGGGAAAUUCCAUUCCAAUUGGUCGUCGCGGAAGCUAGACGCCUCGAAAUCAAGAAAAUUCGUUAUGCAUCAUACAUUUUGGGUGUUAAUUUAAGCUCUUUUGUGUUCAUCGAACGAUCAACACUUUUCAUAUCAAUUGCAACAUGUAUCCUUACCGGCCAAAUCAUUACCGCUGAUCUCGUCUUUUCAAUGGCACAGUACUUUAAUAUUUUACAGUUAAAUGCUGCCAUUUUCUAUCCAUAUGCGCUCAAUUUUGGUGCUGAGGCUUUGGUUUCCAUCAAACGAAUCGAAGAAUAUUUACUUAAAGGCGAAAAAAAUGAAACCGAACUUGGACUAGAACGUCGUGACUCGACAGUCUUAAUAGAUAGCAAGCAAAAUGCCAUUGAUAUCAAUGAUGUCAGUGCAUCAUGGGAUGAUGAUUCAAAUCGAAAAACAUUGCAAGAAAUCAAUCUGAAAAUCCGUGCGGGACAAUUGUGCGCAAUAAUUGGACCGGUGGGUUCGGGAAAAUCGAGUCUAACACAACUACUGUUAGGAGAAUUACCUGUCCAAAGUGGAAAUGUGUUGAUCAAUGGUUCAAUGUCGUAUGCUUCUCAAAAGCCUUGGCUGUUUUCGGGCACUGUUCGAAACAAUAUUCUUUUUGGUCAAAUGUACGAUAGAAAACGAUACAAUGAGGUUGUGAAAUGUUGUGCCUUAGUUACAGAUUUUGAACAGCUGCCAAAUGGUGAUAAAACCGUUGUUGGUGAACGUGGUGCAUCUCUAUCAGGUGGUCAAAGAGCAAGAAUCAGCCUCGCCCGUGCAAUGUAUAAACAAGCAUCUAUUUAUAUUUUGGACGACCCUCUCUCUGCGGUAGACGCUCAUGUUGGUAAACAUUUGUUUGACGAAGUAAUUGGACAAAAGGGCUGGGUCAAAGAUGCAACACGAAUUUUAAUCACACAUCAAGUACACUUUUUGCAAGAAGCCGACAUAAUCGUGAUAUUAGAAAAUGGACGCAUUACGCACAGUGGAACGUAUGCUGAACUAUCGAAUAGUGACUUAGACUUUGCAAAGUUACUGCAAAAACUCGAAGAAGAAGAAGACUUGGAUGAAUCGUUGAACGAAAGCGGAAGUCCUUUGUCGGAAAGUGGAAGCAUCUACGAAGAUGACGACAUUCCGUACAUUGACGAUUUUGUACCGAACGGAUCACCUUACAGACAGUUGAAGCGGCGCAAAGAUUCAGUUUCAAAGUCAUCAAUUGACUCAAGACAAUCACAUGAAUUUGAACAAAAUCAAAUUGAUGCAGAAGAACAAGCUGAGGGCAGUGUGCCGUGGCAUGCAUUUUCAAAAUAUUUUCUAUCGGGAACAAAUUGCUGUGGCAUGUUGUUACUGUUUUUCGUAAUGCUUUUUUCACUAUGUGUUACCAGCGGAACCGAUUAUUUCGUAAACUAUUGGACUUAUCAAGAAUAUCAGCGUUCAAAUGGUGAGCAAGUACCAUUAACUGAGAUGCAGUAUUUGGCUAUCUAUGGAGUAUUCAUAAUUGGCCUUAUUUUUAUUUGUGUUUGUCGAAGUAUUUUGUUCUUUAAAAUUACGUCACGAGCAUCGAAGACACUUCACGAUCAAAUGUUCUUCAGCAUAUUAAACACUCCAAUGCGCUUCUUCGAUACAAAUCCGUCGGGGCGUAUUCUGAAUCGAUUUUCCAAAGAUAUGGGCGCAAUUGAUGAAAUUAUGCCACGAGUGAUGAUGGAGGCAAUCCAAAUAUCAUUGGUCAUGUGUGGUAUAUUGUUGGUUAUUGUGGUGGUCAAUCCACCGAUGGUUGUGGCAUUGUCAUGUGCAAUGGUGUUCUUCGCUUUGAUUAUCAAAUUAUACUUACGUCCAUCGCAAGAUCUGAAGCGGCUAGAGGGAAUUAGUCGAAGUCCCGUAUUCUCACACUUGACGGCAACGAUAAAUGGUUUGGCAACAAUUCGUGUGCGAAACAUUCAGAACAAGCUAAUCAAUGAAUUUGAUGCCUUACAAAAUGUACAUAGUGCUGUGUGGCAACAAGCAAUGACUGCGAACACGGCUUGUGGAUUGUGGAUGGAUUGUGUUAGCACCGCAUUCGUUGCGUCUGUAACAUUUAGUUUCAUAAUUUUAUAUGAAAAUACAUUUAGUGGAAAUGUUGGGUUAGCUAUUUCCCAGGCCCUGAUCCUAACCGGUAUGGUUCAAUAUGGUAUUCGACAAGCAACAGAAACAAUGCAACAAAUGACCAGUGUUGAACGUAUUCUGCAAUACACCGAUUUGGAACCGGAACAAAGUCCCGAGGAAAAACCACCAUCCGAUUGGCCCCGAACUGGAAAAAUAAAACUACACAAUAUGUCGUUACGAUAUGAUCCGAAUGGACCGCCUACGUUGAAAAAUCUACGGCUUGAAAUUGAAUCUGGAUUCAAGAUAGGCGUUGUCGGAAGAACAGGAGCUGGCAAAUCAUCAUUAAUUAGUGCUCUAUUCCGGUUGGCGCACGUUGAUGGAAUCAUUGAAAUUGACGACAUCAAUACGUGCACGAUUGCAUUGUCUAGCCUUCGAGAGAAAAUCUCAAUCAUUCCACAAGAUCCGGUGCUAUUUAGUAAUACACUACGCUACAAUUUGGAUCCGUUUGGCAAUUAUUCCGAUGACGCAAUGUGGCGAUCGUUGGAAGAUGUUGAACUAAAAUCAAUGGUCGAAAGUUUAGACUAUUAUGUUACCGAAGGUGGUACAAACUUUUCACAAGGUCAACGACAACUCAUUUGUUUGGCACGUGCAAUCUUAAGAAAUAAUAAAGUGCUUGUACUUGACGAAGCCACUGCCAAUGUUGAUCCACAAACCGAUGCUCUUAUACAGAAAACCAUUCGCGAAAAGUUCAAAGAUUUUACCGUCAUCACUGUGGCUCAUCGUCUUCACACAAUUAUGGAUUCAGAUCGUGUAUUAGUUAUGGAUGCGGGUAGUGCAAUGGAAUUUGAUAUUCCACAUAAUUUGCUACAAAUGACAGACGGCAUUUUCCGUGGCAUGGUCGAUGCAACCGGUCCACAAGAGAGUGAACAAUUGAAAAAAGUUGCGGCGAAAAAAUUCGACGAACUUCAAAAAGAACGUAGAACGUGAUCUACAUUUCUGUAUAAAAUUAUGCACAAUUUAUGUAUAAAAUGAAUGUAGCAAUCUUUGAACCAAAAAAUCCAAAAAGGAAACAUUUUUCGAGGUGCUCAAAUUACUUAGAUUUACAAUUAUAUUCUCAAGUGUCCAACAUAACACACAUUAUGUUAAUAAACAUUAUUAUUUGCA